UACUGUUUCUUUUGUCUUACAAUUUUACUCUUUCAUGGCUUCUUCUUUUUCUUCUUCUUCUUCUUCUUCCUCCUCUCGUCAACCAGAGCAUCAAGUUUUUCUGAGCUUCAGAGGUGAAGAAACUCGCCUUAACUUCACUAGUCAUCUACUCAAAGCUUUGAAAGACCGUGGAAUCAACGUCUUCUACGAUGAAGAAAAUCUGACAAUGGGAGAGGAACUUUCUCAAGCACUGUUGAAAGCAAUAGAAGAAUCACAGAUAGCCAUAAUCAUUUUAUCUGAAGGAUAUGCUUCUUCCUCAUGGUGCUUGAGAGAACUCUCUAAUAUCAUGGAUUGGUAUACUGAGGAACAGCUUAUUGUGGUGCCCAUUUUCUACCAUAUUGACCCGUCCGAUGUGCGAAAACUUAGUGAAAAUUUUAAAAAAUCCUUUGAAGAACAUCAAAGAAAGAAGCCGGGCGUUGACGUAAAGCAAUGGAAGGAUUCUUUGGCUAAAGUAGCCGAAGUGAAAGGUUGUCAUAUAGUGGGAAACUCACACAGAUCUGAAUCUGAACACAUUGAGAAAAUCGUUAAAGAAGUUUUGGAUAAGUUGAAGAGCAAGUCUCCAAGUAGUCGUUAUCAGAAAUUGGUUGGGAUAGAUGAUCAGAAGGAGAAAAUUGUAUCUUUGGUACGUAUGCAUCGAGCAAUAGGGAUUUGGGGGAUGGGAGGUAUAGGCAAAACAACUCUUGCUGGUGUUGUUUAUAAUGAAGUCUCUUCUGAUUCUGAGUUUGAUGGUCAUUACUUUCUUCAGAAUGUUCGUGAAAAAUUCAAAAAACAAGAACACAAGUCUGUACGAAAUGAAUUUCUUAGCGGAGUAUUGAAGGAACAAAUCCAAAUAGACACUCCUUUUAUAUCCAACUUCAUGGAAGAUAGGCUCCGCAGUAAAGGGUUUUUUGUUGUCCUUGAUGAUGUUGAUAAGCCAGACCAAAUAGAAUAUUUAUGUGUUGAACAUUUCGGUCCUGGAAGUAAAAUCAUUAUAACAUCUAGAAAUCAACAAGUAUUAAGAAAUGGAGUUGAUGAAAUACAUGAGGUACCGACGUUAACUGAGGAUGACUCUCUUAAACUCUUUUCUAAAUUUGCCUUUAGGCAAGACACUCCUAUUGCUGAUUUCCAGGAUCUAUCAAAUAUGGUAGCAAAUUAUGCUAGAGGCCUUCCACUUGCUCUUAAAGUUUUGGGUGCCGCACUAUAUCAAAAGCGUAAAGGAGAUUGGGAAAGUAAACUGGGUAAACUAAAGAAUUAUCCGGUAGAAGAAGUUGUUGAUAAUUUGAAGAUUAGUUUUGAUGGACUGGAUAAGGUAGAAAGGAAUAUUUUUCUCGAUGUUGCAUGCUUCUUUAAAGGGGCAAACAGAGAGCAAGUAACAAAAAUACUGGAUAGUUGGUAUAAAGGUGCUGCACGAUCUGCAAUAACCGAUCUAGUCGACAAGUGCCUACUUGAUACAUGUAAAGAUAUUAUUUGCAUGCAUGAUUCACUACAAGAAAUGGGUUGGAAUAUCGUUUUGGAAGAGUCGGAUGAUCCUCGAAAACGCAGUAGGUUAUGGAGACGUGAAGAUGUUAGUCUCGUGUUAAAAGAUGAUAAGGUGACAGAUUCAGUUAUAGGGAUAUCCUUUGAAAUCCAUGAACCACUACAAUUUUGUCUGGCUGCUUUUGAAAAGAUGACUAAUCUCCGAUUUAUCAAGCUCCAUGGUAAUUCUAUUCUGGGUUACUAUAUUACGUCUGAUGAGUGGGUUUUGAACCACGAUCCCAAAUUUCUUUCUGCUGAGCUAUCCUAUCUUCGUUGGCACUAUUAUCCAUUUAAAUCUUUGGGAUCAAACUUUAAUCCAAAGAACCUUGUUGAAUUAAGAUUAAGGCAUGGCAAAAUCGAACUACUUUGGAGUGGAGACCAGAAUCUAGAAAAUUUAAGAGUGCUUGACCUCAACGGCUGCUUUAAGUUACGCGAGAUCCCAAAUCUCUCAACGGCUAUAAACCUUGAGGAAUUAAUGUGUCACAACUGCUGCAGUCUGGUUGAACUUCCUUGCUUGAAAAGUUUGACGUCUCUUAAACAGCUAGGUCUGUCAUAUUGUAUAAAUCUCAAAAGGUUUCCUGAGUUUCCAAGUCAUUUAAAUGAAUUAGAUUUAACAUACACCGGGAUUGAAGAAGUAUCUGAUUCAAUCGGCGAUCUCCUACAACUUAGAAAGUUAUCUUUGAGUUGGUCAAGUGUUAUAAAUGUUUCAAGCAAUCUUUCUAAGUUGGAAUCUCUUACUGAUCUAGAUCUUCGUGAAUGCCAAAUCACUGAAUUUCCAGAAAUUCCCAGAAAUCUAUCAAAAUUAUAUCUGAUGGGCAAAAGGAUUCAAAAUCUUCCAAGCAGUAUUGUUGAGUUGGAUGCUCUGAAAGUUAUCUACCUCUCUGAUUGCACCAGCAUCACCAACUUUCCCAAUUUUCCAGAGAAGAUAGAAGAAAUAUAUAUGGACAAUACUUCAAUUGAAGAAGUUCCCUCAUCAUCAAUCUCUAGGCUUAAAAAUCUCAAAAAAUUGGUAGUGACAGGAUGCCAAAGACUUGAAUCAUUGCUAGGGCUCCCACCAUUUCUAGAAGAAAUAAAAGCAUGUGGUUGCAUGUCAUUACAAACAGUUUCGUUCAUGGAUCAAUAUCAAAGUACAUUCCCCGAACAUGACUCGAUUGUAUUUGAUAGUUGCUUCGAACUGAAACGACUUGACUUGAUUUUUGAAAAUUGCUUCAAACUGAAUCGAGAUGCAAUCAACAACAUUGUGGCUAAUACACUGCUCAGGAUUGAGUGCAUUACAAAGCAAUUAGUAGAGAGACCGAUAGUGGAAUUGGCAAAGGAGCUGGUAGAGAAAGAGUCCUACAAUGGGAAAUUUCAUGAAACAAGUUACUACAAAGUGAAAUUGCUUUGUCUUUUACCUGGAUGUCAAAUUUUAGAACAGUUCGAGCAUCAAAGCAGGGAUUCUUCAAUAGCUGUGAAGCUAGAUCCAGACAUGUGUAGUAGUAGAUUAUUGGGGUUUGCUUUAUGCGUUGUCAUGAAUGGUUACGGAUGGGCAAGGGAUUUUCAGUGCAAAUGCCAACUGAAAACCACAAGCGGUCAUUGUCACGCUUUCAUUUAUUACGGUAGUCCAGUGUUCCCACCUAGGUAUUAUUAUGAGGGCGGCAAUCAUGCACAGUUCAUUGUCUUUGAUCACAAUAUGCUUCUCGAAGCCAUGCCUUAUGUGGAGGCAUCAUUUCAAUUUCAAUCCGGCGCCCAAUUGGAUUGCGUUGGUGUUCGUGUAUUCUAUAUGGAUGCAGACAUAAUCCGGCGAUAGGUCCAGCACUCUGAUGAUGCUAAAUCCAGUGAAAUUUUCCAGACUGAAGAAGAUAUCGGGCAGACAAGAAGUUUUGGCUCUGAGGAAGAUCAAAGAAAUUUUAGCCCUGGCAAUGGACAUGAACCAGAGCCUAAUAAGAUUAAAAAUAUUCUCUCUUUCGAUCGAGGGCCUACAAAGGUAAGUAGAUGAUUUAAUUUGUGAUGCUAGUUACUUUUCUACCAUUUUUAUAGUGAAUUCUCACCGUAAUGCAUAUGAUCCGAUAAAAAAAACAUUUAUGAAUUGUUCCUAGUUUCUGAAUUUAUAAAUAAUAUAUGUUGUAACUUAUAAUGCCCUAUAACCAAAAA